CUGUUCAUUUUUUUUUUUUACCAUUUCUAUUAUUAUGUAUCUUGCUUUAACUUUCUUUUAAUUAUUCAUUUUUAUUGCAUUAUUACAAAAGCUCAAUGCCAGAUUUCCCUGCAUUUACGGCUGGUGUACCACAAAGUGUAUUCACGCUGCCAACACCAACAGAUAUAACAUUAACACCUUUUUGGACAACAAUACUACAGAAAGAUAACUUCUUAUUACAAAGAUCUUCUUCUCCUGGAAAUCACUUAUUUAAUAGCUUGUUAAGCACCAUUGCUAAUGUAUUCGAUACAAAAUUACCACCUUAUCGUAUUCUUUUUCAAAGAGAAAUAAAUACAAUGUGUCUUCAAAUAGCUGUAGCCGAAACAGAGAAUAACAUUAAGGCCGCAUGGCUUUGGAUUGAGAAAAAUAUAAUGCCUGAAUUAGAAACAAUUGAUCAUCCAUUAGAUAAAGAACGUUGGGUUUCUGAAAAAAUGAACAUGAUUGUAACCACAAUAGAAUCUGGUACAGACGAAUUAUCUGCAGAUGAAAACGUUAGAAAUGCUUCAAGAACCUUUAGACAGAUAUUUGAAGUUCCACAUUCUGAGCGUUUUGUGAGCUAUUAUUCAUGCGCUUAUAAAGCAAGACAAGGAUGGCUAUAUAUCAGUGAAAACUAUAUAGGAUUUCAUGCUUUUUUACUAGGUACUGAAACCAAAAUUUUAAUAGAACUUAAGGACAUACAAGAGAUGAAAAAAGAAAGGUCAAAAGGUAUCUUUGAUGAUAGUUUAAGAAUUAUUACCAAAGAUAAAGAAGAGUAUUACUUGUCGAAUAUGUUUAGAAGAGAUGAAGUGUAUGAUCUGCUUGUACAAUUGACGGGGAAAGCAAUGCAACGCUGGUUAAAAAAUGCUGUUAGUGAUGCACCUGGCCAAGCGACUGAUGCAGUCUUUAACUCUGAACUGAAUAAUAAAUAUUCUUUACAAAGUACUCCUCAUUAUUCUGAGAAUAAUCGUCAAUUAGUGAGUCCUUUAAAAAAUGAUUUAGCAGCUCAAAAACGGAAUAAAGAAUAUUGUCUACGGUUUAGAUUACCAAUGACCGAAUAUUUAAUAAGUGGGCUCGAUGCUACUUAUUCAAAGGAUGCUUCACCAAUUCGUGAUUCUAUUUUUCUUACUCAAAUUCCAUCUGGUGUUGUUAAUAUGGUUGGUCGUGUAUAUAUCUCACAGACAUUUUUAACUUUUGAAUCUGAAAAGAAACUGCCUGCCCCUCAACAACAUUUACCAGUAUGCAAAGUAGUAUUUCCUUUAUAUGCUAUUAAGCGUGUGGAAAGGCUUAAUAAAGGCGCUUAUACUUCAGGUAUAGCUAUUACAGUAUGGCAUAAAAUGGAGCACGAUUUCUACUUGCAUGGCGAUAAACAUGCUUGUGAACAGUUUUGUGAAAUUCUAAAGAAGCUUUUAUUGAAGCAAAUACCGCUAUUUAAAAGGGUUAAAUCAUUUUUAGCUACAUGCGAAUCUGAACAGGUUUUACGAUCAGACAAUUUGAUUGAUACCAAAGUACAUACCGGAGGGCUUGGAUUAGAUUUUGGAUAUCCUGUUAACCCAAGAAAGUCCAAAGAUAAAAGUAAAACAAAAUUAUGGAAGAUCUAUUUCCAAGAGAAUGGACGGAAUCUGUCAAUGAUUAAAUUGCCUACAUUUGGAAAACUAGUACGAGUAGGUUUACCAAAUUUAUUACGUGGAGAAAUUUGGGAAGUUGCCUGUGGUGCAAUUUAUUUAAGAUUUCAAAAUCAAGGAUUAUAUCAUGAAAUACUUCAAAAAUUUGAGGGAAAGAAAUCAACCUCUACAGAAGAAAUCGAAAAGGAUUUAAAUAGAUCACUACCUGAAUAUCCCGGUUAUCAAACUUCUGAAGGGAUUGAUCGUCUCCGUAGAGUAUUAACAGCCUAUGCCUGGCUUAAUCCCGAGUUAGGAUAUUGCCAAGCAAUGAAUAUUGUCGUAUCUGCACUUUUGAUCUAUGCUACUGAAGAACAGGCGUUCUGGAUUUUACAUGUUCUUGUAGAUAGAAUGUGUCCAGGUUAUUAUAGUACAAAUAUGCAUGGUGCUCUGCUGGAUCAGAUUGCAUUUGAACAACUUGUCGAACAAACAAUGCCUAUUUUAUGGGAACAUUUUAAAAAAACAAACGUUGAAGUAUCUAUUGCAUGUCUUCCUUGGUUUUUAAGUUUGUUUAUAAACUCUAUGCCAUUAGAAUUCGCUAUUCGUGUUUUAGAUAUUUUAUUUAUGGAAGGGCCUCGGAUAUUAUUUCAAAUUGGAUUAGCUAUUUUAAAAAUAAACGGCGAUGAACUUCUGAAAACAAAUGAUGAUAGUGCAUUUUUAGACAUUUUUAAAUCGUUUUUUCAGUCACUAGGGCAUGAAAAAGACAAAGGAUUAGAUGGGCAGAAUGUAAAGCUUACUAAAUUCAAUGAGGUUAUGUUGACUGCUUAUCGUGAAUUCUCUUUGGUAACAAAUCAAAUAAUAGAAGAUCUUCGUAGUCAAAAUCAGCUUAAAGUGGGUGCGGGUAUUGAAUCCUUCACCAAACGCACCAUCAUUCGAAACUUGAAAGAUACAGCUAUGUUUAGCAAGGAAGAUAUAGGCAUUAUUUACGACAAAUACUUUGGUGCAUUAUAUUAUGCAAGCCAUGAAGUAGGAAGGAAACCUGGUUCUAAAAUGGAUCGUGAAACAUUCCAAAAUAUGCUAGCUUCUAUGACACCUUGGGCAAAAGCCAAACCAAUGUGCGAUAAUAUGGAUAAUAAUGCAGCAACAACAAUUUGUAACCGAUUUAUUAACCGUUUAUAUCGUUCAUUUGUUGGAAGUAAUCCAAAUAACUUAGUUGAUUUUCAAAGUGUUAUUAUAAAUUUUAAUGAGAUUUUGCAUGGGGAUAUUAUGUCGCAUAUAGAUUGGUUUUUUAAGAUAUAUGAUGAAGAUAAAGAUAAUGAAUUAAGGAGUCAAGACAUUAUUGAUAUGAGUAAGGAGCUUUAUUGGCUUAUAAGAUUAUUAAAGGGUGAAAAUAUUGCCUGGGAUGCGGUAACAAAUUUGAUUGUUCAAAGCUGCGAACAGUCAGAUAUUGCAAAAGGCAUCCAACCAGAUGAAUCAACAUCAACAAAUCGCUUAGCCAAUUUAACAAUGACUGUAGAUAGCCACUCCUUCUAUGGGCGUAUUAAACAAUUAGAAAAUUCGAUACUUGCUGAUAUCAUAGAUAUCACAGUACCUUCCUUCCGUAUGGUAGUUCUUACAAAUGAAUCACUCGAAAUGUUUUUUGAUCAUGAAUUUGCAAAUAGCUUUAAAGUAGUGAAAUCAUCAAGUGAUCGUCAGAAGAGUUUAGGACGUGAACUUUUCGAGAAUUUGUUUAUUGAUGGUCAGACAUUGGCUAAAAAUGAACAUAACACUCCACAAAAAUCCUCAUCAACCUUAUCUAGUCCAUCUUCAAGACAAAGAUCAUCUUCUGUAGCUUCCAGUAUAACUAAUUAUGAGUCAUCCAAAAACAGUAAAUCACACGAAGAAGUGGAAGUCGAUAAGUUGAUGGAUGAGUGGGUACAUUUUGAUAUAUAAACUAUGUAUUUAGUCUGUGUUUAUAAAAUAUCAAAUAAAACCCCCUCUCCUGUCAGAGGAGCAAGAAUACAAUUACUAGACAUUUGAGAUUAUAUACAUUUAUUGCGCUGUCUAUUAGAUUUUACAUAUUAUAUAAUAAUACAGGGAAAAGUUUUAUAAUGCUUUCUUAUUUAAAUGCAAAAGAAAUCGAUAUUUUAAUUUAUUAGUAAAGAAAAAAAUAACCAUUUGCGG